GCAAAGCCACCUCUCAGAGAACAUACUUUGCGUAUAGUUGCUGAGCAUCAAUGGUGCUUCAAAUCGAACAGGAGAAAAGAUUAUCGUUCAAUCGCUCCAUCAAAGAUGGAGAUUUGGUUAUCGUGUACGAACGGCACGACGUGAUGAAAGCCGUGAAGGUUUCGGAGAACGGGGUGUUCCACAAUCGUUUCGGGGCGUUCAAGCAUUCGGAUUGGAUCGGAAAGCCUUUCGGAUCCAAGGUUUUCAGCCUAAAAGGCCGGUUUGUAUAUCUCUUGGCCCCAACGCCGGAGCUAUGGACUCUUGUUCUGAGUCACAGAACUCAGAUUCUUUACAUUGCUGAUAUCAGUUUUGUAGUUAUGUACUUGGAGAUCGUUCCGGGCUGUUUGGUUCUCGAAUCCGGUACAGGCAGCGGAUCCUUGACCACCUCGCUUGCUCGCGCUGUUGCUCCCACAGGACAUGUUUACACAUUUGAUUUCCAUGAACAGAGGGCUGCCUCUGCUAGAGAGGAUUUUGAGAGGACGGGUUUAAAUGGUCUGGUCACAGUAGGGGUAAGAGACAUACAAGGUGAGGGGUUCCCUGAGGAAUUUUGUGGGAGGGCAGAUUCGGUAUUUCUAGACCUCCCUCAGCCUUGGCUUGCCAUACCUUCGGUUGGAAAGAUGUUGAAAGAAGACGGUGUCAUCUGCUCUUUCUCACCCUGCAUUGAGCAAGUACAGCGGUCUUGUGAAGCACUGAGAUCUUGUUUUACUGAUAUAAGAACAUUUGAAGUUCUCCUCCGCACCUAUGAAGUUCGGCAAAGAAUACUAGAGAGCCAUCCAAGCAAGGAUGGAGAUUCUGUUGAUUAUCAACCAUGCAAGAGGAGGCUGGGCUGUGAAGAGAGUGAGAGAAUAGAAUGUUCUGCUUCUCCCAGUGUGAUGAUAAGGCCUUGUACUGAGGCAAGAGGUCAUACUGGCUACUUGACAUUUGCUAGACUCAAAUGUGUGGUAUAGAAGUAAUACAACUGUUUUGUAAAAGGAAUGGUUACAUUGUAUUAUAAUCAUGUUGAGUGAUACUUCAUUCCCAUAUUGAGUUUAAGGGUUCUGUGAGUUCUUUUGAAUGGUAAAAUGAUCAAUAUUAGUGCUGAAAUUACAAGGUG